CUGCGUUGACCGGGCCGGGGCCGGGCGGGCCGGUAGAGCCGGAUCCCCGGUGAAGGGCGGCGGCCCAAGCCCCGUCCCACAGCCGGGUGCGGUGGCCGGGCCGGGCCCUGCCAGGCGGCGCCGCUCUCCCGCCCGGCCCUCAGCCGCGCUCGGCGUCCCGACGGAGCGGCCGGAGACGAGGUGAGGAGCGGCGAGAGGAAGGGAGGGGCCCCCCGCCUGCUCGGAUGUCCUCCCGGCACCCCCGCCGGAGGGUGGCGGCGGCGCCCGGCUUCCGCGUCCGGGUCGCGGCGGUGCCGGAAGGCGGUGCCGGCGCGGCGGGGCUGGGGGUCACCAUGGCCUUGCGCUGGUGGUGGCGGUGCGGCGCCUCCUCCCGCCGGGCGCCGCCGCUCGGCUCCCUGCCGCGCCUCCGCCCGCCGGGGCCCGGCUCCCGCGCCCCGCCGCCGCCGCCGCCGCCGCCGCCGGCCCCCGGCGAGGCGAUGUGUCACUUUACCCAAAGAAGUUCAACUUUGUCAUUUCCAAAAAUAUGUAAUAUAUUUUGGCGGUUUCAUCAUACGAGUACAUCCCACUUGUGCAGCUGCAGUAAGACAGUUAGUGAUGAAAAAUACCAAGACCCUUUUCAACUUGGUAGAAAAGACUUGAAGAAUCUCUAUGAAGAUAUUAAAAAGGAAUUACUUGUAUCUACAGCAGAACUUAAGGAAAUGUGUGAUUAUUACUUUGAUGGGAAAGGAAAGGCCUUUCGACCAAUGAUUGUGGUGCUAAUGGCAAGGGCUUGCAACAUUCACCAUAAUAAUUCCAGGGAGGUGCAAGCAAGCCAGCGCUCUGUGGCCAUAAUUGCUGAGAUGAUCCACACAGCUAGCCUAGUUCAUGAUGAUGUUAUUGAUGAUGCAAAUUCUCGCAGAGGAAAAAUGACAGUCAAUCAAAUCUGGGGAGAGAGGAAGGCUGUUCUAGCUGGUGACUUCAUCCUCUCAGCUGCUUCCGUAGCUUUAGCACGAAUUGGAAACACUACUAUCAUCUCUGUUCUAACUCAGGUGAUUGAAGAUCUGGUGUGUGGUGAAUUCCUCCAGUUGGGUUCCAAGGAAAAUGAGAAUGAGAGAUUUGCUCACUACCUCGAGAAGACUUUUAAGAAGACUGCGAGUCUUAUAGCAAACAGUUGUAAAGCAGUUUCAAUUCUAGGCUGCCCUGAUCCCAAAGUUCAUGAGAUUGCAUACCAGUAUGGAAAAAAUGUUGGCAUAGCUUUUCAGCUAAUAGAUGAUGUGCUGGAUUUUACAUCGUGUGCUGACCGUCUGGGGAAACCAACAGCAGCAGAUCUCAAGCUUGGAUUAGCCACAGGCCCUGUCUUGUUUGCUUGUCGACAGUUUCCAGAAAUGAAUGCUAUGAUAAUGAGACGAUUCAGUAAGCCAGGAGACGUUGAACGUGCUCGGAAAUAUGUGUUGCAGAGUGAUGGUGUGCAGCAAACAACCUACCUCGCCCAGCGCUACUGCCAUGAAGCUACAAGAGAGAUCAGUAAACUGCGACCAUCCCCUGAAAGAGAAGCCCUCAUUCAACUGACGGAAAUGGUACUCGUGCGAGACAAGUGAGAGAACUUCUUCCACUCGUUCUGGCAGCUACUUACCAGACUGUGCCUAAAUGUACUUCAAAAGUUAUUUGCUUCCAACACAGGCUACCAAAAAUUAUUUUUUUAAAAGACUUUUUUUUUUGGAAGUUCUUUUUUUUUAAAAAAAAAAAAGUUUAAAGUGUUUUAUUGUGGGAAACCAUACAAUUCAGAGCAAAUCAAACUGUGCUGUACAAUUGUUUUAGUGGGGGCUUUUAAUUGUGGGGGACAGGGAAGAUGUUUACAUGUUGAUGUACAAAGGCUGCAAUGAGAAUAAAUAUAAAUCAGUGUAUGAGAACGGAAGUUGUUCCAAGUUUCACUUGUUCACACUAAUAAACACAGCAUGCAUGUUACUAUCUGGUAAACUCCUCUGAAGAGAUGGUUUGAAUGCUUUCCUGGUUGUUAAACUACAGAAAUACCUGGAAUUGUAUAUAUGGAAAUUGGUUUAUUAUAAAAGACUCUAUGUAGACUUUUAAUUGGUUAUGUACAUCGAUGAGAAGUUUUCA